CUAACUUGCCGUAUUCUCAAAAUCACUGCACACGAAAAGAGGCGCAUAUCUGCGUUGCCUUGGUUGGAUUAUCUGUUCAUCCCACUCUGUGAGGGAGUCUUUCGGUCGUGACUUCAUCAGUUGGCGAAAUACGGAACACCACCUGAGACUGUCGACGCCCAGCGAAUCACAUCGUCGCACGUACUGUCCGAAGCCGUAUUUCGCGUAAGGGACCGCUUUGGAAAGGAGCUCUGGCUGCUGCAGCACGCGGCUGAGACCCUCCUCAUCUUCCCCGAGCAGCUCCAUGGUCAACUCUCCAGCUGCGGCAAGCAUCGCACCGACGAUCUUCGUUUUCGUUCCCUCGAGGUCCAAGUGGAGGGCAUAAUCCAGAGGCGUCCUUCCGUCCUGGCAGAGUCAUAUGAAGAUAGAUAAUAUCGACACAAAGCUCGAUAGGUGCAGUACAUCCUACGUCGUUUUUGAUCUUCAAGAGCUGUGGGUUUACCCUCAACAUCCACUCCACCACAUCGACAUGGCCCUCGUCUGCAGGAGAGACACGCACGUUGAAGACUCAUGCACUCGUGUGGCUGUCGUUUCCACGAGUGGCUGACUUGCUGCCGCAUGAUGAAGAGGCGUGUUGCCAGUCUGAACCACAGCAUGAACAAGACACAUGCUCUCCAAUGCACCAGUCGACAUUCCUUCAUCCUUACGUUGUCCUGAGCUUCCAGCAGUUCCUUUCCCCCCCACUCGACAAACUUCUCCGCAACAUCAACUGACCCUUUUGCUGCUGCCAAAUGAAGAGGCGUCCGGCCAAACUACAGACACAGCAAGAAGGCAGGAGUGAACACAUCGGUCAGCUAAUGGGCAGAAUGAGUGUAAUUGUCGAGCACGCUACCUCAUCUUUCAGUUUGAGCAGAUGCCGUCGGUUGUGCAGCAGCACCUCAAACACCUCCACAUCCUUGCACACCCCUGAGGAGCACACACGGGGGCCACUCAGCUGCAUCAUGUGUGUGCAGUGAUGCGAUGAGGCAGACGUGCGGCGAAAUUAACGGCAGAUCUUGUUAUGUCCCCGUAAUCCGGUCCCCAACACCAUUCUCGAGUCGUCAGCACUUUCUCGGCUUGCUCAGGCGACAGACCGUCGAGGGCCUUCCGCAGGUCCUCCGAAUCUGAUUCCUUGAUGGCCAUUGGGUUCCAGAUGGCAUCCCUGAUGCUGUCUGUCAGGUCACGUGGCGCUUCCCAAUCGUCGGCGGCCGGGGCGCACACCAAGGGAACCUGCAGAUGACACACAGACGGACGAGAGGCAUCAAAGUCGACUGACACCAACAGACCUGCUCGAAGCGUCUCGGUGCCUUGGUGAUGUCAUCGGUGACGUCGGGCAGCUGGGGCUCCAUCAGCCCUUAGCCAUCGUCCAGCAGCAGAGGAAUGUGCUCACUCGAGGCCGACGCCAUCUGCAGUGGACAGACGGACACAGACACCACUCCUCAGAGGCAGCCGCUGGCCACUGUGCAACGAGGGCAUUGCAGGGUGACCUUGGGAUGGUCUGUCUGUAUGUGGUGGAUGGCCUGCUGUGCGGCAGCGUCGCCCUCGUCGACUCUCGGCAGCUGGAUGUAGCACGCCUCACCAACACCACUGGGGCGUCUGUGGCCGUCUCUCACACUGUCGCCCUCUUGGCCCUGCAGACGGGGGCUGCGCUGUGUGUGCAGCAAACCCCACAU